UCAUUCUGUUGCUAGUCACGCGGAGCAACCAUGUCGUCAGGCGCUGUAGCUUUACCAGAAGCUGUCAAACAGGAAAUGUAUGACAUUUUCCAGUCUUGGGCGCUAAAGAACUAUGGGGACAGUGGAAAGACAAAAACAGUGACUAAACGGAAAUAUGAUCGAAUUGUGAACAUUCUGGCCGGAGACGAGCUUUCUACUGCGGAUAAUUCCAAGUUCAGAUUCUGGGUUAAGGCCAAAGGAUUUCGGUUAGGGCCUCUGGAAGGAGUGAAGGCACCCCCACUCAACGAUGAUGAGGAAGCGGACACAAUACUGUACGUCCCCACCAAAGUUCCGAUAAUGAAAGGGAAACUAAUACGAGUGCCUCAAGCAACAAUUGCUCAAGAAGAAAAAGGAUACAAACGGGUAGCAAUAGUAGAGAACUUCUUCGAUAUAAUAUAUGAUGUGCACGUGGAGAUGGACGGACGGGGAGGGAAGCAUGCCGGCCAGAAGCGGACGUACAGGGCGAUCGCGGAGACGUAUGCCUUUCUCCCCCGGGAAGCGGUGACUCGGUUCCUCAUGUCCUGUGCUCACUGUCAAAAGCGUAUGCACGUAGGCAGCGAAACAAACAAUAAUCAAAACGACAAUCAGCUCAGUGAGCAGAGUUUAAUGAAAGAGGAGAAUAAGGAGAGUGACGGUUCGCAUAGUCCAUCCAGCUCAGACCCUCCUCUGAUAGACUUUAGCCUACCAAUCACAACAACUUACCUCAACCAUAUGAGACAAAUCAAGGGAUAUAGCCCUGACGUCACAGAUGAUCAUUUCGUCUACAACAACGAGGAUAGCAUGUCAAGUGCCGACAGUGAAAUGAGCGGAGAAAGAAGCUCCUCGCCUGCCGGGGAAGAAACAUCAAGUCCCAAAGCUCUCGAUACAAAAAUGGACACCACAUCAGCGGAGAACAGUCGGAUCAGUUCGCCAGUGAACCUGUCGUCUGCUAAAGGUGGCCAGGAAGCAGAUGGUUCGUUUGUUGAUCAGAAUGGCAACGCUGCCCUUGAGAAAGGUCAAGAGAGCCGCGGUCAUCCAGAGAGGAAGAGGCGCUCCAGUGAUGAGCUUAGUGUCGAGAGUUCAACGCGGGCAAGUGAGAGUGGUCUGUUAGAUGAUGGUUGUAAAGAUGAUGAUGACGAUAAUGAUGAUGAUGAUGAUGACAAGAUGCCAUCGAAAGACUAUGACCCGGAGAGACUUAAAGCGUUUAAUAUGUUCGUACGAUUAUUCGUCGAUGAAAACCUGGACCGAGUCGUGCCAAUCUCUAAACAACCAAAAGACAAAAUCCAAGCCAUUCUGGAAGCGUGUCAUCGCCAGUUCCCCGAGUUCCAAGAACGGUCAAGGAAACGUAUUCGAACAUAUCUGAAAUCCUGCAGGAGACUGAGGAGAUCAAAGGACCAAAAUGGCUGGGACCAGAAAAAAAUGAUGGUAUUGGUAGGCCUACAAGAAUCUGGCAACUCUACUUGGAAUACUAAUCAGAAGAAGUUACGGCCCACACCACCUCACCUGACGUCCGCAGCAGCAGAAGGCCUUCUCGCCCAGGCUUGCGACAAUGAGAGUCAGAACGCCAAGCGCAUGAGAAUGGGACUAGAACCAAAUGCACAUUUAUCUUUCCAGACAAACGCCAUGCCUCCCCCGACAACCAACAACUCAUCAUCAUCCUCGGCAUCAUCACACCAGACCUCCACGCCCCAGGCAGCUCCUCAACCCAGUCCAAGCCCUCAUUCACAAUCAUCUACGCCACAACCAGCGCCAAUAGAGAGACCGGCCAUCUCAACCGCAGACUUCGUUCGUGCCCACGCUCCGCCCACGGCAUUCCGGCCGCCACAUGAACUCCCGCAGCCCUUCUUUACCAAUGGGAAUGGCUUGUUCAGACCUGGGUUUGCUGGCUACCAGCACCCGGCGCAUCACCAUCCUCCAGCUGUCGUGCAACCAUCUCAGAUAUCGUCACACGUACAGAACGGUCCUACAGAUCUUAGCCUCAAAGGACAGACCAAGAGUUCCAAAAAUCAACUAAACCCGACCGAAGUAGCCACAAUCAAACAGCUGAUAGCUGGUUACAGGGAGUCUGCUGCGUUCCUUUAUCGAUCAGCUGACGAACUCGAGCAAUUACUUCUUCAGAAUAACUGACCAGAAUCAUGAGAAUUAUAACUGACCAAUCACAGCCUAAUGCAAAUAUGACGUGUCGCAUGUGAGCCCUGCUGUUAUAGCGCACGGACUUGGAUUCCUGGUGGAAGGGGCCUGGACUUGGUGGCGAGGGCAGCUCUUGAGAUCAGUUUCAACAUACCCGAGUGCACCUGUUGUGACUAUGUCCUUGUCUCAUGUGUCCCUCCUAUCAACACAAGGACUUUGUAUUCUGGAGAGAGACCUUGCCCAGAGGGAGAGCGAUCCCAGUUAGCCCAUUUCAACCCUACAGUUUAUGCUCCUUUGCACUUGUAUUUUUGGAUGUCAGGGACUGAGACAGGACUAAAUGUGUCACAGUUUAAUCUCAUGGUGAAGAUAUUGUUACCGCAGCCAUGACAUGCACAGCACACGUGGAUUAUUGUGGUGUUUAUUUGUUUAAGUGUGGAUAAAAACGACCAUAAAGGAAGCAACUCUGCUUGGAUUAAUGCUCGUUUAACUCUCAGUUAUUUUUGGAAGUGUCUCACGGAGCACCAGAUGAAGAUAAAGACUACAGCUUGGAUGUAUGCCGGGAAUAGACUUGAUUUAUCACAGACAUUCGCCAUUGCAGGAAUUGCUGUCAUUUGGAUGGAAGAAAGAGCUCCUGACCGAGUUAGGAGUACAGUCGAAACGGAUCUUGAUGGGAUUUCCCUUUGCAAUCUUCCAUGAUUCAGCUUCUUGCCAAGACCAAGACAUACCUAACAUAUGACCCAUGUAUAGGGCCUUUAUUCAGGUUAACCCAAGCUACCCUCAUUUCCGUAACUUUUAGAUCUGCUGUUCGUGACUGGUUAUUAGCCAUUUGAAAAGUGCUUCACAAAAGACACAGCCAAACCCUUAGCUCUACUCAUAACAGAAAUAAUACAACAAAUCUGUUAUGGUACUUGUGUUUAACAAAGAAAUUCACGGUGUUCAAAACAGAAAUUCUCGUCAGCUGGAAUGGUGCUAACAGAUAAAUUAAUAUUUCGCCAAAUCGUUAUUUUUACGUUUUCUUGCCUUCAAAGUCAACUGAGCUUGGGUGCAGUCUUUACUUCUAGUCUUUUAAGAGUCGAAGAAUGUGUCUUCACAAGACACACCAAGAUCCUCUUCUUGAAGAUAAUGAAUGACAAUACAGCCUAAAUAUGGUUGGGUGGUGUACCGGUAGCCGAUAACAGUGAUCUAGUCUGAAUAAGCCUCUGAAAUGACUGUCAAGUCUUCAGCCGUCUCAACCAGGUAACCUCGACCCUAUCCGCCGCGCAGCGGAGGGUCGAGGAAGCUUCGUUGAUUUAACCGAGGCGAGCCAUACAUUUUCAGUGCAUACAGUGGAUGGACUGUCAUACCGAGCGCUCUGGUAUUGCAGGUUAUUCACUUGGGUCGAGGUUAGCCACGUGCUUACGCCCCUGAAUCGAGAUCAUGACGAGUGAAUAACCGUCAGGUACCAGUCUCUGCAAUGAGUGAAUGGAGAAGACUGGUGAAAGACAUACUGAUGUAAUCAGUGGUUUUAAAUAUACUCCGCCUCUCGAUAUUUCAAACGAGGUAGGAGUAUAGCAAAAACCGGAUCUCCGGAUGGGCGAGUGUACAAGCAGGACAGGUGCUGCCACCACAAGUCACAUAAAUUAACUACUACAUGUAAAAAGUCCUGAUGACUCCUGGCCGUUGUUACAGUGCAUGUCAUUUCGUUUCCAUAGCAGCAAUAAUGCCCGCUCAUCACCCAUGAAGCCUUGCCUCCUAAUAAUCAUCUAGAACAUUCCAAAACAGAUUCGCACUUUAAUUUCAUAACUAAAACGUGGGGAACUUUUUAUAUUCUCAGAAUCUGCGUUGUGUGGACACACAUAGUCAAGACAUGAUAUUUUCAAGCAAAUACCUAUAGAUGCAUUUGUAUUAUAACAUUUAUAUCUGUGAGAUAGAGUUGGAAAUGGUGUUUAUGUAGGUUUGUACUAUUCAUGGUUUCAUUUUCAGAACUUGAACAACGAUUACAUUGGUUUGCAUUUCCACGUUUAUUUUGUAUAAGACUUUGUGCUUGUCAUGUCCUCUGUCUGCUCCAGGAGUCACCUUGGUUAGGCUUUGUCAGAGAAAGUCACCGACAUUGGAUAUUUCCAUGUUAUUUGUAACCUUUUCUACUGCAAGUGUCAGUUGGCAUUUCAAGUAGAGUAAUCCUCAACGGUAUUUGAGAGUCACUGUUGACGGGAACCAGCAGAAUUUAUUAUUUUCAAAGUUAGGCAAAUAUAUUUCAUGUUGAUAUUUUGUUCCAUAGUGGUGUCUGGUGAUGGUACGCCAGUUUAAAUUGCUAGAACGUUAACCCUUAAGGACUAAAGACAAUUUCUUUCACCAAAAGAACACAUGUUGGCAAAAAGCGACUUUAUGGUAAACUUGCUUUAAAUCUAAGUGCAACGUGGUGAUCACGGGAGACGUUCAGAGGUUCUAUUAUGUCGCCUUGAAAGAGUUGUCUUUAGUCUUUGAUGGGUAAACCAGUGUCUUUAUGUGCAUGUAGCAUCCCUUUUCUUUUGUGGUCGACGGCAUGUACCUUUCAGUGUUUAUUAUACCACUCGAGUGUGAAAACUAGUCAAGCGUCAGUGAUCUCGAAGUCUUACCAAAGGUGUAGAACUGAGUGAGGUCUCAUUCUUUCUUGUAUUGUAAUUAGCUGUAGCAUGGUUAAGGCUUUGUAAGAUAAUUAUGGAAGAGGGGAAGAAAUAAUGGUGAUGAAAGGUGGGCAGUUUGUUUUCCUGGGUUUUGGCUAAAGGGCUUGGCCAAGGUUGCUUGAGGGGCAGUUGUUUGGCCCGAGAAAAAAGGCAUUUUUUUCCAGAUAUCAAUGGAAUUUCGUACCUUACCUCUAUGGGAAAGAAGUCGUUUUCAUCAGAAAAGUUGACAAUUGCUGGACUUACUUCUCUGUUAUUUCUUCCCCUUUUAUAAGUGUUUAUGGUGUAAGGGCCACUCCUCAGUGUUGAAAGAUAAUGGGUGAUCAAAAAUGCUACAUUAUGACAGAUGCUGCUAGUGCACAAUGACCUUUACUGGAUGUGGAGAAGUCAUGUUUGAAUUUGAAAGCUACGAUAACCAUGGCAUUUGUAAUAAAAUAUUUUCUUUAAAUUUCUUUAACAGGUCUUUCACAAAACUAUCAUUUGUACAAAAUUGUUCCAUCAUUUAAACGAAAACGUAUUUUGUAUGAAGAAUUUUUCAAACGAAUUGACAAUUUGAAGUAGUUUUAUACCCAAUCUGUGUAUAAAGUGUACAGAGUGUUGACGUAUGUGGUUUGUGGUUUGUGGCAUUAGCAAUGGCAUGUGGGGUCCUGGGAUGUUUUUCAUGAUUUUAUAAAGUACUGCAUACUUAAUCUCGACGUAAUAGUGUGGGUAAAGAAUACUUUGCUAAGAUGCUUUAGUUAUCUCUUUGAGACUUCAUGCAGAGAAAGGAAGAUAGAUUCCGGAUUCCAAAAACUAAAAUGCUCAUCAAAGAUAGCUAUUUUGAGAACGAAAUAUAUAUUGAUUGAGAUUUUUGCUGCGAGGUGGUACUGCAAUUUCUAUCAAGAAACGUCUGCAUUGAAGGUAGCAGCCCGAAUUCCGGGCACAUUUCAUUUUAGGACAGGCACUGCCCUCUAUCUGGUGUGACGGCUCCUGAGAGAUGUUACAGUACCGAACCGGUUCCCAUGACAUUAAACUUUCGAAUGUUAUUGAGAUUUGUUUCUCUGUCAGUUGGAUUAUGAACUUGCGGCGAUUUAAGGUUUAUAAUAAUUGAUUAUAUUAAAGGUAUAAUCACAGAUGUAGGACUAUCAGAUUGUGGGGUUUAGAUAUCUGCCUGGUUGUGAUCUCAGGCAAUCAAACAGUGUCUCCAUUAUUGUUCAGAAAGUGUAUUCUAUCUCUCCCUCCAUAGAUUGAGCUUCAUAUUCUCAAAUCACAGACUGUCCUUUGUAAACAUAUUCGAUUUUCAACAACUUGCUUUCAAAACAGCCUUUCAAACAGAGCAAUACAUGUCUUGUAUCACAGCGUUAAAUUCUUUACUUCAUUCUUCAAUCAUGGAAGAAAGUCUUUAUAUUCUGCCGAUUCUAAACUAUCAAUAUGUGAACUCUUUAUUUUGGAGUCUCCCCCAAGUGUACAUGUAAAUACUGUAUAGCAGAAUAGUAUUUUAGAAGAUAGUACUGCUUUGAUAUGAACCAUUACCUCAUAACGAGAGUGAUUUAUUGCAGGCCUGUUUUGUAUACAUUGUGUACAUUAAUCAAUUUGAAGCCUGGCUUUUUCUUAGCGAUUUCCUUUGAAAAGUGAACGUGUCCUUUCAGUCACAAGAUCAUUACAUAAGAAGUAAUAUGACUUGAUCACCACUAGUGCUGGGGAAGUGCAAUAUGGUGACUGGGGAACUGUGCAAUCGUCUUCAUGGUCACAGAUGUAGGUCCUUGUAAAAGACGGCAAGUCUUGUUCUCUUGUCUCCCGACCGCGAAACGUGGUGUCGGGACAACCUGGUGCAGGUGAUCUGUUUAUUAUGUUGUUUGUGGAGGUUUUAUUAUUAAAGUGUAGAGUUUUUAUUCUGUAGACUGUACCGCAUAAAAUUGAAUAUCUCUCCUUAGAGCAGACGGGAAGAGGCUGAAGCACCCAUUGUAGAUCUGGAGGUGUGUGGAGAUUGUAACAUUUCUUCCUUAUUUGGUUGGAUUUGCUUCAAGUGCCUGGGCCAAGCCAUUCAAGAGAGGGCAUGCUUGAGCCUCUUCCUUCCCCUGCCCACGACUAGUUUACUGACACACUGCCAGAGGUACGACUGUCCUCACCAAUUAGACUAGAACAGGCCUCUCGUGCCAAGACACGGCCAACAUAGCAUUAGUCUCUGGCCUCACCAAUCAUUUGUUGUUUAAGUGUUCCACUAUUUAUUUCAAUGUGCUUAAUAUUUGGUUGAGAGAGAGAGAGUAUUUAUAUGAAUCACAAGCUAUAGAAUUAUGUAAUGACGCGAAAUGCCAUGGAUGUCAUAUUUAUUGUCAAACCUCAAUAAAUGUUACUUUUCGAAAUAGGCCAUUGUUCAUUA